CGAUGUUUACAUUAGAAUCAGCUGUUCAAAGCUCACGCGUGACGGCGGACCUACGUUGUUCUCGAUCACAUAUUUCGUAUCGAAAAUGGUGUUUUACUUCACUAGCAAAGUGGUCGACCCACCAGUCACACUGUUCAUGGGAAUUGAUAAAUACGAAAAUGAAGAACUAAUCAAGUGGGGUUGGCCUGAAGAUGUCUGGUUCCAUGUUGAUAAGGUAUCUUCUGCUCAUGUCUAUCUGCGACUGAACCCAGGUCAAACUAUUGAUGACAUUCCCAUGGGUGUUAUAGAAGAUGCUGCCCAACUCUGCAAAGCCAAUAGUAUCCAAGGUAAUAAAAUGAAUAACGUUGAUGUAGUCUACACCUUAUGGGCAAACUUGCGAAAGACCCCUGGAAUGGACGUGGGACAAGUUGGAUUUCACAGUGAAAAGGAGGUUAGAAAAAUUCGUCUUGAGAAACGCAUCAAUGAAACUAUCAAUCGUCUAAAUAAAACAAAGACAGAGGCUCAUCCUGAUUUUAAACAAGAGAAAGAAGAAAGAGACAGACAAGAAAGAAAUGCACAGAAAAAAGAGUUAAAAGAUAAACAGAGAAAAGAAAAGGAGGAAAUUGAAAGAAGGAAGAAGGAAGAAGAAUUAAAGAGCUACAGUUCCCUGUUUUCUGGCAGUAACAUGAAGAGCAACAAAGAAGCAGCAGAUGAGGACUCAGAUGAUUUCAUGUGAUCAAUUAAGACAAAUUAAAACCAAAUCAGGGGAUGCCAAGAGUGAGAUAUGGUAAGGACUAAUAUUUAACUGGUUAAUUCAGUUACACAAGGUAAAGCAAACCUAAGGGGCUUUAUUUCAGCUACUUAAUGUAUCUUUGCUCUAAAUUUGGUGGUCUUGCAUUGAUAUGUGGUUCCUUUUUUUAUGUACCAGUUUUUUAAUAAUAUGGAAUAACCAUAUCUCGUAAGAAUAAAAUAUAAAAGAAAAAAAAAA